AUGGCUUUGACACCAUGUAAACUUGACCUUGACGUACUACCACUUGAUAGCGUGGACAUGUACGGCGAACCUGAUAAGAGCUCUGCUUAUUCGCUAUCUGGCCAUGUAGAGGUCAAACUCACCCCGCCAACUAGCCUGCUCUACGACCCGCCAGCCACCGAAGAGCGUCUCCUGCUCGAGUCUCUCGUCCUCACCUUCGAAGGCCAGAGCGAGCUGCUCACGCCUGAGACGGGAUACGGCGCAUGUCGUCUCGUCCAGUUCUCUCAGGAGCUCCUCCGAGAUGGACCCCUCGAGGUCGGCCACUUCUGGGACGAGAACCUGCGCGAUCCUCAGCGCUGGCUCAUCACCUUCAACAUCGCGAUCCCGGGAUGGCUGCCUCCGUCUUGCUCCACGAGCUUCGGAAACGGCUCACGGGAGGAGCCUGAAGUCAGCUAUCGCCUCUCCGCGAAGGCGACGUACCGCGAUAUGAAGCCUGGCUCGUCGAAGUCUCUUCGUUCCAUGUGUUACGGCUACUCUGAGCUUCCCAGCACGCAGACGACAACUUCACCCGCGGCUAUCGUCAAGCUUAACCGAUAUACCAUUCCUCCUCCUUCGCAUGCCUUGGCCACCUCCGAGUUCCCCCAGUUCCCGUUCCACAGUGUCGAGUACGCCGGCUCCGUAAGGGGCUCGUCUUCUCAGAUUCCCGCGGAUGUUCUGUCGAAGCUCCGCGUCCUUGCAUACCUCCCCGAAUACAUCCCGACAGACUGCGAGAGCUUCCCACUCUACGUCCGCUUGCGACCCGAGGGGUUGACUGCCGACGAACGCAAGCGCCUUCAUCUGCCCACGUUCUCCGUGAGCGCAACGCAGACUGACGUGAUGCGGUCGGCGAUGUCCUCGAAGUUUGCGGAGAAGUGGCCUGUCCCUCCCCCAUCAGAACAACCUCCCAAGAAGCCCCUCCGCGCCCGUCGCCGCGACGUGCGGGAAUACGAGUGCGGCCUCAUGCUCAGCGCGCCGAUGGGCUCAAACAACAAGCAGACCUACUCCAUGCUCCCCCGCGACUUCCCAGAGCACUUCAACCUGCACAACGCGGGCGAGGGCUUCGCUGACCCCGUGUUCGACGACUCCAACACGUGGGUCCAGAUGCGUCUGGACGUACCCAUCUGCAGCGCCUUCGUUGACAAGAAGCACUUCCACGACGAUCUCCCGAUUCCGAAGCUGCGCCCGACGGAGGCGGGGCCGAUGUUGAGCGUCUUCCACACGCUCGACGUCGUGCUGACGUGCACGUACGACGCGGCUGAAGGCGACGCUGAGGCGGAACCUGCGAUGGACGAGCUCCGCCUCACCCUUCCUCUCAGCUUCGUUCGCGUACCCCGCAGGAACAUUCAUAUUCCCAUCGUCCCUAUCGUCGACCUCUCUACGCCGGCCAGGGAUGGGACGUACACCGCCACGCCUGCCGAUGCCUGCCCUGUGGACAUGCACCAGGCGGCGUUCCCGCCCGCGAGCCUCCCCUACGCACAAGCGUUGCCUGCGUACAAUCAACUAUAUUACUCCAACGGGACCCUUCGUGAAGACCCUACUCCUCUGCCCCGUUACACUCGCGAUCCGAAGGACGCGGAGGACCCGCCACCUCCACCUGUUGUCUGCAAGCAGGUCCCCCCCACGAAACUCCCUCUGUCGCCCGUGGCCCCAUCAGAACUGGAUUCUCGCAUUUGA